AUGAGUUCAGUCGGUAAUACCUCGAGCUCGAUCCAGGAUCAAGAAACAGUUAUCGAACAGUUUCAGGCGUGGUAUGAGGGGCAUCGAAGCGGUUAUGUGUCUAUCGCGCAGGAGUCUGCCGGGCGGCUGGCGCAGGUUCUGGGUGACGCCGGCGUGCCGCAUAAAGUCGAGUAUCGCGCAAAGGAUAUUGCCAGACUGAGAAUCAAAGUCAACGGACGAAAGAAUGAUAAGAGGUAUGGUAACGUGGAUGAUGUUGCCACGGAUAUUGUUGACCUGGCUGGUGUUCGUGUACUGCUCUACUUCCCGUCAGACAAGGACCGCGUUGAGAAAUUGAUCACCGAGAAUUUUGAGGUGCACUCGAGCCACAGAAUCACGGGAACAAAGACCAUAGAAAUUAGAAGGGCGUCUCACGGGUACACUCCAAAAUACCCUACAUACUGCGCCGACCAUUACCGGGCGACACUGAGACUCAAGGAGGGCCGGGAAGCCGAGCCGUGGCAGUCUUUCCGGCUGGAAAUCCAGGUAACGACGAUCCUCCGCCAUACAUGGGCAGAGGUUGGACACGACUGGUCCUACAAGAAGCUGAAGCCAGGGGGGGAGGACGAAUUCUGCUGUCAGCUGCUUGACGCGCUGAGCGGAGCUGUGGACAUGGGGGAAUUUUUCCUGGAACAAAUGCAGAAACGCCUUAUGACUCAGAAGGAGCAGGCUGAUCAGCCAUUCAGGUCUCAUUAUGAACUGGGCGAGUUCUUAAGGCGCUGGGCGGCUCGCAACGGCCGGGCUCAGGAUCUGGUCGACGUCCAGACGCUGUGGCAGGUCCUUCACUAUUACGAUUACGACCGGCCCACGGAGCUGCUCCAGAUACUGGCUGGGCUCGAUCUCUCUUCAGAGCUAGCUCAAAAGUACGAGCCGCUUCCGUUCAAUCUCGAGACCUCCAUCAUCCAUUCGAUUCUGGUAUCCGAUGAGAGAUACAAGCGGGAGCGCGAAACCGACGCAGCCCGCCCAACCAAGUUCCAGCGGUACAAGCUGAAGGUCGUGAGAGACUGUUUCAUCUGGUUUGGACGGCUCUUCAGGUUCAAUCACAAAUGGUAUAGCCUGCUGUGCUCUGGAAGUGUCCCCAGGCGAGUGCUAGAAAACAUGGAGUGGUUGGUGAACCAGAGCAUGAAGGAAGGCGAGACCCUGUCCUCUGGUGACGAAAGGAUCCUGGAUGACUUGUUUGACACGUUUGCGAAGCACGGCAAGCUUGCAGUCCAAUAUGUCUUCUUCCUGGCCAGGUUGCGGGUGAAAGCCUUCCCGGCCGAUGGCUAUGCGAUGCGGAUGGUCGUUCAGCCCCUGCUUAAGCUACGGGCACACCAAAGAGCUCGACUCUACUGA